GACUCGAUUCGGUCCUUCACGGGUCGCGACAAAUACCGCCGCCUUUCGUGGAUCCGCAGCGCGCUUCAGAACUCCUCAGUGCACAUGCUGGGAAUGUCAAUGGAGUCAACGAGCGUCCUCGUGAUUACGUGGCAGCUUCGCGGGUACCUCGUCAUCCCGGGCGGCUUGCUGGACGCGCGAGUGACGUCAACGUUCACGCUGAACCAGAUCAGCGGCCAGGUCAUCAACCACCGCGACCAAUGGGACGUCGCCAGCUCAGCGCUGCCCAUCCAGCUGGCGUUCUGGGCGUCGCGGCUCGCGUGGUCCACGUCGGAGGCGAUUAAAGACGUCACGGAGAAGUCCGGAGAGGGUAGCAAGAGCGGAGGCGGCGACUCGAAUUAUAUUUAUCCUCACCCGUCGGGCGACCCUAGACGA